AUGCACAACACAUUCAACAUAGCACCAUACCCGAGUCCUUUUAAAAAUGCUUUCCCGUUCAUGCUCUCCCCCACACCAUUAGAAUCGGACUGUCUCUCAUCUCAGGAUCUGGAGGUGCUGCACCCUCCGCAUUACACGUUUAGUGCGGCUGAUCCAACUGUUCAUUUUGACAAUGGAUGGCUUAGAUUCGGCAAUGGACAAUCCGAACUGCUCAUGCCGAGAUGGAUGGCCAGAACGUAUAAUGCUGCUGGUGCACUACGACGUUUCCCACAAGAGUUCACCGUCCACGUUUUCCGGCAAUCGACUGCCGGAAUCGGCAGAUUGCGUCGAAAAUGGUGGCCGGGAAGUCGCCGGGCUGGCUCCCUGCCGGCUGGAAAGAGCAGGUCAAAGUUACCAACGGCCGAAAAGUCAAGGAGUAAGUCCCAAGACCAAACAAAGAAUGCAAAGGACCGGGUCUGGCCAAGUGGCCAUGAGUGCUAUGUUGAACCUCUGACUGGAAGCAAAUUCUAUUCAAAGCCACAGGUGUCUGAAUAUCUCAAAAACAAAAAGCCUAGCACAGGUGAAUUCUUUGGAGGUGAAACGUCUCUGAAGGUAGAGGCGUCUUGCAAUAUGAAAACUUUGGAGGGGGCAAGUUGCGCAUCUGAACAGAAGGAAAGAGGUGUUAUCAAUAAAUCUGUAAAAAAGAUCGUGAUUGAGAGGGCUAUACCAGAUGGGCUACCUGCAGGGUGGGUUAAAGAAACCAAAAUUCAAAAGAGAAAUGGGAUCAGAAAGGACCCGUACUACACGGAUCCUGUAAGUGGAUAUGUGUUCCGCUCUGUUCCAGAUGCUUUGCGCUAUUUGGAAUCAGGCAACAUUAGUAGGUGUGCUAUCAAACCAAGGAAGAGGCACGAAUUGAGCUUUUUAGAUGAAGAGACUUCUGUAAAGCCUCCAUCAGCCGCAAAAAUGCAGCAUUCAGGACACCAUUCAACCAAGGCACAACUAGAAGGUAUGGAAAACAGUGUGACAAACAAGGGAUUAGAGAAAAGGCAAUGCCCGACUGUAUCUGCUGAUGCCACAAUUCCAUCAAUGGCUGAGCAUUCGGUUAAUCGUGCGAUUGAAGAGUGUGCUGAAAGUGAGUGUAGUAACGAUCCUAGCAGAUCACAUCUGCCAAGGACUGAGGGCUCCAAGAGAAAGCUAUGGGAUAGGGUUAAUGAGAAAAAUGGAACUGAUCAACUAGCAGUGAAUGUUGUUGGAAGCACCAGUGACCGCAAAAUGCUGAUCAACUCUAGAAAAACCAAGAAACAAGAGGCUGUUAAUCUGCCACGUAGGUCUUCAAAACGACUUAUGGGGACCAAACCCGAAAUGGUUGUCAGUUUGGGGUUAAGUGAACGAGAUCUUAUAGCUGCAGCUAGAAAUGCUGAAGCAAAACUGUUGGUUCAUAGUGUCCCUCAACGGUUGGAGACAUUUUCAGGGGCAGAAAUUGCGAAUCAUGUUUUCACUGGAACAGAAGCUCCAUUAGAUGCUAAGCAGUCGAACAGAAGAAAUAAGCCUCUGAAAAACGAGGCUUUUCCAGAAGCCAGUCAGGGAACUGACGAGGAACAUGAGGCAGACGUAGAAUCAAAGAUCCUCAAUCCAGUUGGGGAUUCUUGGUCAGAUCCAUGUCUAGACUUUGCUGUCAAAAUUCUUACAGGGACAAUAGAGAUUGAGGAGGAAACAAAGGAAACUAAUGAUCCCGGCAGCUCACCACUGACAAGAGCCAGUGGCUGUAACGGAAAUCAGUGUGAGAUGGUUUGUGCGGAAAAUGGGACUGUUUCCUUUCAAUCACCUGAUAUGGUGGAAGAGGGAAAAUUGGCAGAAAAUGGGUUGGGAAUGAAAAGGAGCAGGAAAAUGCAGAUCAAUUCUAGCAAAUCCAAGAAUAAGGAGGCACUUAGUUUGCCUCGUAGGUCGUCUAACCGACUUGCGGGGCUCAACCCCAGUAUUGCUGUCAAUUUUCCAUUAUGUCAACGUGUUCCGGCAAGUGCAAAGUCUGGUGAAAGUGCAGCGGCGAAACAAUCCCCAGAAGCCCAUGAUAACUUGGCCCACACCCCAGAAGCCCUUGAUAAUGUGGCCCAGAGCGCCCCUCAGUUGUUUGAGACUGUUGAGGGAAGCAAGAAGCCUAUAGAGGACAAAGCUGUUCAAGAAGACCAACCAGUUAGGCAGGAAACUGAGAAGAAAAACGUGGAAAAUCCCGAAUCGCAAUUCCUCUACCCAUUGGAAGACUCUUGGUCAGAUUUAUGCAUAGAAUUUGCUGUUAAAACUCUUACAGGGGAAAUACCCAUCGAGGAUAAUAUUGCAUUUCAGGAUUACUUCCAGCAGCUAGAUGAUACAUCUCAUACUCUUCCAGAUUUAGGCUUACCCAACUCUUUCCAAACUGAUAUUUUGUCGGAUUUUGAUUCUACGGGGAAUCCGGUAUCUAGAACUCAGUUGCCGGAUAUUCCGACAUUCCCUUUCCCUGGAAAUGUCGACUCAACGGUUGACAGUGAUAAUGCACCUCAGCAACCUAUCUUGAGAGGAAAAGAGGAACAAAAUCAAACUACAGGGAAGUCCUAGAAGAUAGCUGGGGUGGUGUUUCUGCUAACAAGAAGACUGCUGGUGUCGAAAGAUGCUGGAUUUUGUAGAUAUCUAAACUGACAACUGCAUGAAGGUAUUUUUUUGAACCAGUGCUUUUGUAACUUUAGUGUUGUUUCCGUUCUCCUAUGAUCUGGUAUGAUGACUGUUGUAAGACUGUUGUAACUUUUGUGUUUUUAAUAUUGAUGCCUUGGAUGGUAGGUAGAAGAGGUGAGAAAAGAAAAACAAAUCAAAUUGACUCCUAGUCUUA